UUUGACUUGAUAAUUUAUUUUUCUGUGGUUUUCUUAACAUACCUUUUGUAGUUUGACUUUUUAACAAAGUUGUUUUUUAGGAGCUUACCAUUUUUUUUUGAGGUUGAAUUGUUAAAAAUAUUUUUUCAUGAAUAAUAUGAGACGCAGAGCGGGUUUGGGAGCUAUUCAAAAACAAAGGUUAGAACAGGAAAAGUAUAAAGACAAGGGUAAUGAAAUUCAGGAAAAUCAAUUUGAACAGAUGUCCAAACAAAUGGACUUUUUCAAAACAAAUUUAGAAGAAUUUGCUAUGAAACACAAAAAUGAGAUCCGGAAGAAUCCCGAUUUUAGAAAGCAAUUUCAGGAAAUGUGUGCGAGCAUUGGUGUUGAUCCUUUAUCAUCAGGAAAGGGUUUUUGGUCCGUUUUAGGAAUUGGUGACUUUUAUUAUGAAUUAGCUGUUCAAAUUGUGGAAGUGUGUUUAGCAACCAACGAUAAAAACGGCGGUUUAAUUAGCUUGGAUGAGUUAAGGACUAGACUUAUAAAAGCUAGAGGAAAAAGGAAAGAACAUCAAGAGAUAUCAAAAGAUGAUUUGAUACGAGCAGCUCAAAAGUUAAAAAUAUUUGGAAGUGGAUUUAAUGUUGUUCCACUUGGGAAAGGACAGUAUAUGGUGCAAUCUGUACCAUGCGAAUUAAGCAUGGAUCACUCAGUAAUAUUAACACAAACUAUAGCUACUAAUAGGAUUUAUAUCUCAGUAUCUUUACUCAGAGAAGAACUGAACUGGGAAAUUGAUAGAGCUCAGAAGGGAUUGGAUCAUAUGGUUAAUGAGGGUUUGGCUUGGGUUGACUCACAAGAUCCCUUGGGAAAACUAUACUACUUUCCUAGCUUGUUUAAUGAGGCUUCUAAUUCCAAAAUUUAGUUUUUGUUUGUUUGUUAAAGCAGUAUUGCAAUUGUAUUGUAUUCCAAACUUUUAUUUACAAAUUAAACUUAAAAAUAUAUUUUAUUUAACAAGUUUUAAUUGCUUCAGUUUUAAUAAAAAUAAAAUAGCCUAUAUCAGUUCC